UCUUCAAGAAUUUUGAAAAUCCCCAGAAACCCUCCUAUCAUGCAUUUCAGCCUACGCAAAGUUAUCUUUGCAUCGUCAAUGUCGCAAUUGCUGGCCCUAGCCGCAUCCACCAUGCACUCUCCACAUCUACCCCAUGGAUACUCAGACCGAGUCCGCCACAAUCUUCGCAGCUUUCAUCAGAACCUUGAUGCAGGGAAUUUUUCCGCCAUCGGGUCUCUGAUCGCCGCGGAUUAUUACUGGAACUACGAAGGCAACAUCAUUCUUACCCGAGAAGGCGGCCAAAUGGCUCUCGAAUCAUUCGUCACUAGUACCCUGAACGGGAUGCAUGCCCGAGAUAUCUACAACAUCGUCGACGGAGACCGGGGAGCUGUAUUGUUCCGCAUUUCCGGGCAACAGAGCGGGCCUUUCGUGGGUCUCCCUCUCCAGCAAAACGGGCGCUUCAGCGUCAUGUCGGCCGAGGCGUUUACUUUCAACAAAGGCGCCGAGGCGCGCGAGGUCGUGACGAUCACGCCCUUGGGAAUCAUGCAGGAUCAGAUGCGUGGGGUCCUUGAGCCUCCUAGAUUUACAAACGACACCUUGCAGGAGGCAAAGACGAAAGACGCCGAGUAUCUACGACUGAUCAAGCGCAACUUGGCAUCGAUACACUUGGACGCCAACAAGGGAAAUUUGAAUGCCAUUGCAAACUUGGCUAUCGAAAGCACUGAGGUGGAUGAGAACGGAUCCAUCUCCCACGGAAAGGACGCCUUUGUGAAACUGGUCACUGCGCACAAUGCAGGCAACGGGUCAUUCCCUGGCAAAUUGUUCCACGACUUCGACGUUCUAGUAGAUGGGACUUUCGGGGCAAUCAAUUACGUUUGGCAGGCUCCACAGGAGAAGAAAUACUUGGAAGUCGAGGUUGAUGAUGAAAAUCUGGUGAGAAUGAGAGGCAUGCUCUUUUUUGAGUUUAACAACGUUGGCCUGGUUACAAAAGCGACUGGUGUGUAUGAUGAGAGAGUGGUCAACACUACGCUGACGGGUACUGGCGCGUAUCUGUACCCGUAG